AUGAUUGGUCAUGAAGAGGAUGCGCCGUCUCUAGUGCCAUAUGUCCAUGCGCCAGAGACAAAGCAGCAACUAACCUAUGCCGACCUGGUUACCAUCGAUCUUGGGGAGUUUGAUCGUCCAGGCGGAAAGCAAAUAUUGGCAGCGCAGCUGAAGAAUGCGUUGACCGAAAUAGGGUUUUUCUACAUCACCAAUUUUGGCCUUACUGAAGAAGAAGUAAAUCGACAAUUUGCAAUCGCCCGAGACUUCUAUACACUUCCUUACUCCGAAAAAAUCAAAUACCGCGGGCCUAUGGAGCAAGACGGCAUAUACAAUGGCUAUCGGCCCGCUGGAGCUACAGAAGUCAAGCCCGGCCUCAGGGACAAUAUUGAGCAUUACAACAUCCUAAAAUUCUUACCACAAUUUGAGCAAUCGCACCCGGAAGUCCUUUGCCGCCACUGGAACGAGAUUGGCCAGUUCCAUCGCCACGUCCACGAGCAUAUCACGUACAAACUCCUGCGGCUUAUCGCCAUUGCCUUGGAGAUUCCCGAAUUCUAUCUCGUGGAUGGCCAUCGUUACGAAUCCAACUGUGACAGUCACAUCCGCUACAUGAUGACGCGAGCACGAUCACCCGCAGAGAACCAAAAGUUCAAGAAUAUCUAUCUCCGUGGCCACACCGACAGAGGGACUUUAAGUUUUGUCUUCCACCAGCCUGUUGCGGGGCUGCAGGUUAAAAGAAACAAGGUAUCGGACUGGGAAUACGUGAAAAUUCGGCCUGGAACGGCAGUUGUGAAUAGUGCUGACCUGAUUGAGAUUGUCACUAACGGGUAUCUCAAGAGUGGUCUCCAUCGCGUAGUAGCUCCUCCUGAGGACCAGUCAUCCGGAGACCGGCUGGGGGUUUUAUACUUUGUACGGCCGAGUGACCGGUUGGGGUUGCGGGUCAUUGAUAGCCCGUUGCUGCGGCGGUUAGGAUAUUAUCGAGAGAGUACAACUCAUGGAGUUUCAGCGUUGAUGUGGACUAGGGAGCAGGUUAGAAAGGCUUUUGCCUCUGAUCCAAAAGCUACCACGCAGAUGGGGGGCUUUACGGCCAUUAGUUUUCACGAAUGA